AUGGAAGCCACUCCAAACAGUGAGACAUCUACAGAAAUGAGCUCACCCUUAGGACUCAAAAUUCUUAAGUCACCCACGGGAAUGGAUUCCCCUGCCACCUCUGUUGACACUAGUAAGACCAGCGUGUCAUCCUCACCAGCAGUAUCUAUUGACUUUCAUUCUUCGAAUGAGCUGUUUCAAAGUCAAACUUCGGCACAUAGUUUUAGCACAGCAAAUGCCUUUUCCACCACAUUUAUAUCCGUAACGCCAAAAAUUGGCAUGGGUAAGCCAGCUAUUACCAAAAGGAAGUUUUCUCCUGGCCGGCCAAGAUCUAGACAGGGUCGAGGCUCAGGAUUUCCAAGGAGGAGACCAAGAGGUUCUGGACUCUCUGGCCGUGGCGGAAGAGGACGAUCAAAAUUAAAAACACCUAUAGGCAACUAUAUAAUUCCAGGGGUAACCACAAUUGAUCUUUCAUCAUACAAGGAGGAGGAAGAAACCUCAAUGCACAACACAGUUGUUUUAUUUUCCACAAGCGACAAGUUCACCUUGCAUCAGGAUAUGUGCGUAGUGUGCGGUAGCUUUGGUAAAGGUGCUGAAGGAAGACUACUUGCUUGCUCACAGUGUGGGCAGUGCUACCAUCCAUACUGUGUCAGUAUUAAGAUAAGUAAAGUAAUCCUUCGUAAAGGCUGGAGGUGUUUGGAGUGCACAGUGUGUGAGGCCUGUGGUAAGGCCACAGAUCCUGGCCGACUGCUGCUAUGUGAUGAUUGUGACAUUAGCUACCAUACGUACUGCCUGGAUCCACCUUUACAGACUGUCCCUAAAGGAGGAUGGAAGUGUAAAUGGUGUGUAUCAUGUAACAACUGCAAAGCAAUAACACCAGGGCUGCGGUGUGAAUGGCAGAACAAUUACACACAGUGUGCCCCAUGUGCUAGUUUGUCUACCUGCCCAGUGUGUGGCCAGAACUACAUAGAAGAUGAAAUCAUUCUCCAGUGCAGGCAGUGUGACAGGUGGUCUCAUGGCACCUGCCAAAACCUAAACACAGAGGCAGAGGUAGAGAGUGCAGCUGAUGGUGGAUUUGACUGUGCUAUGUGUAAGCCAUUUGUAAUACCAACUCAAGAAGAAAUUGAAGCUCCAGUUGAUGCCCAGAUUGUUCCAAAAAUUAGAGAACCUGAUCUACUCAAAACCUUCACCCAAGAUGGAGUGUGCUUGACAGAGUCUGGACUUUCACAGUUACAGAGCUUAACAAUCACAGCACCAAGAAGGAGGCGGUCAAAACCAAAGUUAAAAUUAAAAAUCAUCAACCAGAACAGUGUAGCGGUUCUCCAGAUGCCUCCAGACCCCCAGUCUGAGCAUUCUCGCGAUGGGGAAAUGGAUGAUAGUAGAGAGGGAGAUCUUAUGGAUUGUGAUGUGAAGUCAGACUCUAGUCCUGAGCGAGAACCUGUUGAUGAUGAUUCUAAGGGUGCAGAAGUGAUGGAUGGAAUGAAGAAAAGGAAAAGAAAACCAUACAGACCUGGUAUUGGUGGAUUUAUGGUGCGCCAAAGAAGCCGAACAGGUCAAGGGAAAUCCAAGAGAUCUCUUUCCAGAAAAGAUUCUUCUGGCUCAGUUUCUGAACUUGUGCCAGGCAAAGAUGAUGCCUGGAAUGAACCACUGCCUGAUACUCCAAUGGAUGAAUUAGCCCCUAGCUCCGAGAACACCGAAAAAAUUAGAAAACGCUACCGGAAAAAGAAAAACAAACUUGAGGAAACCUUCCCAACAUAUCUGCAGGAAGCUUUUUUUGGAAAAAAUCUUUUGGAUACCAGUCGACAAAACAAGCCGAGCAUUGAGAAUUUGUCUGAGGAUACUGCUCAACUGCCAUACAAAGCCAACAUUAAUGCUACCUUUCUGGAUCCAUCAUCUGACCCCCUGCUUAGCUCUGCUGCAACUCCCUCCAAAGCCACAGAUGAAAAUGUACUUAGCUGGAAAAAAAGAAAACUAAUGCAGCCUCCACAUCUAAGGACUGGUUGUUCUCAGGAUCCUCUAGCAGAUCUGUCUGAAGUUCUGAACACAGACGACGACAUUUUUGGUAUUCUUUCUGAUGAUCUUGCAAAAACAUCAAAUCAGACUGGUCUUGAUUUAUGCCCUUUCCAGGUUGAGAAUUCAUCUUCUCCUUUUGCUGGACUUGAUGUAGGUACAAUAUCAGAUGAUUCAUCAUCACUGCCUCAAGCUAGUGUUCCCCAGAGCUCUCGGCCAUUAUGUGAGGAUCAACUGGAUGGGAUUCUCAGCCCAGAACUAGACAAAAUGGUUACAGAUGGUGCAAUUUUUGGGAAAACUGUAUAAAAUUCCAGAACUUGAAGGAAAAGAGGUUGAAGAUUUAUUUACUGCUGUGCUGAGUCCUGUAGCCACCCAUCCGCCAUCUUUGCCACAACCGCCACCACCUUCAGCUCAUCCUCAUCCUCCACAUACACAGCUCUUGCCUUUGCAAAACCAGGGUGAUGGCCUGUUUCCAAGAAUGCCCAUUGUGAAUGGCUUGUUGCCACCCAAUCCUCACUUACCACACAAUCCUCUCGGCCCUGGACAUGGACUCGGCCCUUUCUCUCCCUUAACACAGCCACCAUUUCCGGACAACAGGGAUAAGAACCCGGUAUACCAUGGCAUGGUAAACGACCCCACAAAUGUGUGGCCAGCACAGGCUCCCGUUAUGGAGCCAGAGGGAGACACCAUGUCCAGUGCCCAAAGGAGUACACAGAAAUGGGAGAAAGAAGAAGCUCUUGGAGAGAUGGCAACUGUUGCCCCUGUUUUAUAUACCAAUGUUAAUUUCCCACACUUAAAGGAGGAGUUUCCUGAUUGGUCUACACGAGUGAAGCAAAUUGCAAAACUCUGGAGGAAAGCCAGCUCCCAAGAAAGAGCCCCAUAUGUGCAAAAAGCCAGGGAUAACCGUGCCGCACUGCGAAUUAACAAAGUGCAAAUGUCAAAUGACUCAUUAAAGCGCCAACAGCAUGAGAUCAUCGACAACAGCACCCGAAUUGAUUCUGAUCCAUUCAAAGAUCCCUUAAAGCAGAGAGAAUCUGAGCAUGAACAGGAGUGGAAGUAUAGACAGCAAAUGCGUCAGAAAAGCAAACAGCAGGCAAAGAUCGAAGCAACCCAGAAACUGGAGCAAGUAAAAAAUGAGCAACAGCAGCAGCAGUUUGGGUCCCAACAUCAUUUGAGUCAGUCAGGAAGUGAUACUCCAAACAGUGGCAAUCAGAGUCCUUUAACACCUCAGCAGAACAGCGAAAAUAUGUCCCCAAUUCAGCAGAACUUUAGUAAAGAUGCAUUUACUAAACAGACAUUGCCUGGAGUACCUGCAUCAUUCUCAGAUGAUGUUUUUCUGAAACCACAAGCUCCACCUCCCACACCCACUAGAAUACCUUUCCAGGAUUCCUUCCAGUCUUCUCAACCACAUUCACCACAGAUGUUUUCCCCUGGAUCAUCAAACUCUAGACCAUCAUCUCCCUUCGACCCUUAUGCUAAAAUGGUAGGGACACCAAGACCCCCACCUGCUAGUCAGAAUUUUCACAGAAAGAACUGUGGGUCACCCAUGGAUAUUUGUACUCCUAGACACAUAUCUGGGAGUGAGACUUCGGAUGCUAGACCAUCUCCUAUAAGGGACUCUUGUUCAUCCCCUUCCAGCUCUGAUCCCUCAUUAAUGAUGGGAGAUGUUCAAAAGAACUUGGUCCAGGCUGAUGCCUUUUCUAAGCCAUUAGGUCUGUCAAGAUUGUCUCAUAACACAGAUCAGAUGAUAGAUGGUUCACUGGGUCCAGUAAACAGUGAGUCUUUUACAAAGCAUUCUUCCAGAUCUGAAAUAUAUCAACGAUCACAAAUAGCACCAAAAGUGGAUCCCUAUUCAAGACCACCUCUCACCCCUACAUCAGGUGUUUCACCUGGCAGCCCUGCACCUUUUAAAACUCCUUUGCGCCCACCUCAGUCGCCUCAAGAAUCUUACAAUUUAUUACCCACAACGCCGCGACGUAUCUCUACAGAUCCAUAUGAAAGACCUGUUUUGACUCCCAGACCUGCUGAAACCUUUUCACAUGAUCCUUAUAACCAAGCACCUCAUGGUAAUCGUACUAUGAAUGAAACAUUUGCACAUCCCCCUAGACUAAUGCGACAGCAUAGUGACCCUCAGUCAGCAUCUUUGUCUCGCUCAAAUGCCCAGGAUCCAUAUGCUCAGCCUCCAGGAACUCCACGUCCAGCAAAUAACCCAUAUUUAAAAUCACCAACUUCUGCAAGACCUACAGCAGUAGACCCUUAUCUUCAACAGCCCCUAACUCCAAGACCAUCUGUGCAAGCAAUGGAUCCAUAUAGUCAGCCUCCAUCUACUCCCAGGCCAGUUAUGGGAGAUAUAUUUGUUCAGCCAUCUAUGAAUAAGAGACACCAUGAUUCCUUUGUAGCUUCACCUGCAAGGAAUAGCAUGGAUCCAUACUCGCAGCCACCGGGAACGCCAAGACCAUCACCUUCAGAUUCAUAUGUGCAACCGCCUAAUACACCUAGGCCUGUGCCUUUAGAUCCUUAUUCUCAUUCACCUGCAACUCCAAGGCCAGUUCCAUCAGAAGUAUAUGCUCAGCCACCUGCAACUCCAAGGCCAGUACCUUCAGAUCCAUAUGCCCAGCCACCUGCAACUCCAAGGCCAGUACCUUCAGAUCCAUAUGCCCAGCCACCU